CGCUCACUCUCUGAGUAUGAGGUCUAGACGGGCUUUAGUAUCUUAAGUCCGAGGAUCUGGCCCAAUGACGAUGGCCUGACGUGUGAGAACCUUCCUGGGUGGGUAUUCGUAGCAUGCCUCGAGUUUUCUUCAUCACUGGUACAUCGACAGGCUUCGGCUUCCACUUAGUUGAGGAAGUCCUGGCUCAUGGGGACAUCGCCGUUGCUACAGCACGAAAGCCAGAAUCACUCAACUUCAAGGGCACAAACGACAAGAAUUUCCUCGCUCUCAAACUCGAUGUCACAAAGAACGAGAACAUCGACUCCGCAUUCAAAUCCGCUCUAGACAAAUUCGGCCGAAUCGACGUCGUCGUGAACAACGCUGGCUACGGCCUCUCAGGCGUCUUUGAAGAACUGACCGAGCAACAAGUCCGCACGCAGAUGGAGGUCAACUUCUUCGGUCUGACCCGCGUCACGAAGAAAGCUAUGGAAGUUAUGCGAGAGCAGAAGCCUUCUGGAGGAUUGAUCCAACAAGUUACCUCUAUCGGUGGCCAACGAGGCGUUCCUACGUUCUCCAUCUACUGUGCUAGUAAAUGGGCCGUGGAGGGUUUCACCGAGGCAUUGUCGCACGAGGUUAAGCCGGAAUGGGGCAUCAAGUUUACUUGUGUUGAGCCGGGUGGAUUCAGGACCGAUUGGGCGGGACGAUCGAUGUCGUUCCCCGAGAAGAGACAUCCGGCCUAUGAUCACAUCGAUGCUAAGAAGCAGAUGGGGCAGAGACAUGGCACUCAGGCUGGUGAUCCACCAAAGGGAGCCAAAGCUAUGUAUGAGUUGGCGGUGAUGAAGGACCCUCCUUUGAGAGUCGUUAUUGGAUCUGAUGCAUAUAAGGCUAUCUUGGGCAAGAUUGAGGCUUAUGGUGAGAAUUAUAAGAAGUAUGAGAAGAUCUCGAAUAGCACGGAUGUGGACGGAUACAAGCCUCCUUCGUAGAUAGGAUAAAUAUGAAUAGAAU